AAUAAAAUAUUGAGUAGGAAGUGAAGUUUCAGUCAAUGAGUUAAAAUAUUAGCACUAUCUAUUUUUAGUGUCGGAAAGAGCUAUAAAUUGAUGCAUACGUUUUUUUUUUUAAAUUGAAGAUCAGAACAGUUAUAUUAUUAUAGCCAUGCAUAAGGCUCCGAUUGCUACAAGAGAUGACAUAAAUGAGUCGGCAAAGCUGCAGAGACGUAUACAGUUUGAAGAUGGAAGAAAGAGUAGAAUAUUUAAUGCUAAACAAAGGCUCUUUGGGUUGGAUUUGAAAGAAUUGGAGCGUCAAAUUGCAGAUAAAAAAAAGCAAAGGCAAGUUGAUGCCGAAUGUGAACGUCGCUAUGAAGACCAGACUCAACGUCAACAGCUUACUGUUUAUGCAAAAUCAUUAGAGAUUGAUAAACGAAAGCGCGUUGCCGAAGCAGAUCUCAAUUACUACCGUUGUCGCUUUCAGCGAAAAGAUCAGCGACGCGAGUUUGAUUUAAACGAUCCUGACAAUAUAAAAAAAGCUUUGCCUGCACGUUUCACUGACGAUGAUAUAAGCCUUGGUAUAUCUAGUGCCCAAGUUUUCUCUGGUGAAGAUCUUGGACAAAGUGAGCGGAAAUUACGACAGAGAGCUCAACAGCGUGCUUGGCUAGAUCAACAAGUUCAAGAACGUAAACAAUAUGAGGAAGAAAGUAUUAAAGCCGAUUUAAUAAUGCAAGAGUCAAUGGCAUCGCGAGAUAAACGCCUGGAGGAUAUGGCAAAUGCAGAACGGAAAAUACGAAAUGAAAUGACAGCAGCAACAUAUGAUUUUAACUCUAAAUUAGCUAAGUCUAAGCGAUUUGAUCGCGUACGGGAAAAAAAAGAAACCAGUGAAGAUGAUCUAGCUGAGAUCUAUAACAUGCUUACUAGUGACAUGCUCACCGAGAACCCGAAUGCUGCACAAUCACGGACAAACCCAAAUAAAAAAAUUGCCUUUAUGUAUCGGGGUAUGUCCGCCGACGAGUUGGCAAAGUUCCAAGACGAGCAGUUACAACAAAAGAUCGCCAACAAAAAACGGCAAACAGAGCAGCAGCUAAUAGAUAAGCAAUGGGAACAGUACUCUCUUAACAUGGAUCGGGAGUUGAUGCUAAAGCAGAUUGAGUUAGAAAAAACUCGGAAGCAAUUACUGGAUGAUCAUCUACGUUUCAAUGCACGUCUUGCGGUAGAGCAAAAAAUGCAAAAAGAGAUUACCAACAAGGAUUUAAAUAAAAAUUAUGUAUCGAAGGAAUUUUACGAUCAGUUCAACAAAACUUCGCGUUAAAAUGAUUUUAUUUCUUAAACUUGAUUUGUAAUAAUAAAAUUCAAGUACAUAUGUAUAAUAUAUUAA